AUAGCAGCGGGCAUGAUAUGAGCACCAUAACGAGGUUUCACCUAGCCGGCUCUUUUUCUGCACGUGGAAACUUUCAUCAUCAAAUUCUGCACUGAAAUCUCCUUUUUUGCCCUUUGAAAAAUCGAUUUUUAUCAUGUCUUGGAUGUUUGGAGUGAAGAAGGAUAGUGCUCCGCCUCCAACCUUGCCGCCACAGCUGCCGAUUCCGCCAUCAGGUGGGGGAGAAGACGGUGGUGGGGGUGACAAGGAUGACAAGAAAGACUCGAAGGAGAAAGGUUCUGGCAAAGCUAUAUGGCAAAGUUUUGAUCCUACUGGGCUUGAAAGAGCUGCAAAAGCUGCCAAAGAGCUAGAGAAAUCUCCAAAUGCAUCACAAGCCUUAGAGCUAGCCCGAGUCCAAGAAACAACCAAGCAAUUAAAACAUCAACAAAAGAUUAAAGAAUUCGAAGCUGGGAUGCAGCAAAUGCAGAUGGAUAAAGUAAGAGUUGAGCAAGAAGAAAAAAGGAAAACCCUUUCAGCUGAGACUCAGCAGCAUCAACAGCGAGCUCAAUAUGAGGACCAGUUAGCAAGAAGAAGAUACAGUGAUCAGCUAGCACAACAGAAAAAAACACAAGAAGAAAAUCUAUUAAGACAAGAAGAAUCUGUCAGGAGGCAAGAAUCCAUGAGAAAAGAAACUGUUAAGUAUGAAGCAGAACUCAGACAUGGAAAUGAGAUGAAAAGACUAGAAGCAGAGUUGCGUGGAAAGGCAAAAAUUGAAAGAGAAAACAAGGAUAUACAUUUGGAAAAGAUUCGACUUAAAGCUGCAGAACAGAGAGAUACAGUUCUCCAGUCUAUUAAGACAGCUGGUUCAAUCCUUGGGGCAGGGUUUGAUGCUUUUAUAUCAGAUUGGGAUAAGAUUUCAGCAACAGCUGCUGGCUUGACAUUGUUAGCAUUAGGUGUUUAUGCUGCUAAAUAUGGUACUGGAGUCACAGCAAGGUUUGUGGAAGCUCGGCUAGGAAAACCAUCUCUAGUUCGUGAUACGUCAAGAUUAAAUUUAUUCAGCACUAUAAGACAUCCAAUUAAGUCUGUAAGGAAGUUCUUUGUUAAUCCUGAAAAUUCACUCAAAGGAAUAAUAUUAAAGAAAAGUCUUGAAGAACACUUAAGAGAAAUCAGCAUAGCAACAUCAAAUACCAAAAGGAACAAAGGAAUGUAUAGAAAUCUACUGUUUUAUGGUCCUCCUGGUACAGGAAAAACUAUGUUUGCUAAGAGUCUUGCAAAGAACUCAGGUUUGGAUUAUGCCAUCAUGACCGGAGGAGAUGUGGUACCCAUGGGGAAAGAUGGAGUAACGGCUAUGCAUAAAGUCUUUGACUGGGCUGAAACAUCACGAAGAGGCUUGCUUUUAUUUGUGGAUGAGGCAGAUGCUUUCCUGAGGAAGAGGAGUCAGGAAAAAAUCAGCGAGGAUCUUCGGAGUACCUUGAAUGCAUUUUUGUACCGAACAGGAGAGUCGUCUCGCAAAUUUAUGCUAGUGUUGGCCAGUAACCAGCCAGACCAGUUUGACUGGGCCAUUAAUGAUCGUAUAGACGAGCUGGUUGAGUUCGACCUGCCUGACACCGAUGAACGCGAGCGUCUCGUCAGACAAUACUUUGAAGAAUAUGUUCUGAGACCUGCCACAACUGGUUCAAGAACAGGGCGGUUGAAGAUCGACAACUUUGACUUUAAUUCAAAAUGUCAUCAAAUUGCUGAAGUGACUAAGGGUCUGUCAGGAAGAGAAAUAGCGAAGCUUGCAAUUGCUUGGCAGGCGAGUGCUUAUGGGUCGAAGGAUGGUAUGUUGACCGAGGAAAUCAUGGACGAACGAGUAAAGGAAGCCGUUAGGCAGCAUAAACAAAAAGAGGACUGGCGCCAAGCCCCUGCACCAGGUUUCUCUAGCCCCGAAGAUGUGCCUACCAUGCCCAAAUUUGGUAAAGUUUAAUCAAGUGCAAGAAUUUUGUGAAGAUUUGCCACGAAGAUUACACACUUGUGGAACUAUGGUUUCCGGGUUACCAGACGUUUUAAAAAUCAAAUUUUCAUAUUGGUGGACGUUGAUUCUGAUAAUGCAUUUUACAAGACAUCAAUUUUAAAGGAGUGAAAGAAACAUAACUUCUUCCCAUGAUGCAGAGGGAAUAAUUUUUUCUUGAUUCAGGAUGACGUCAGGACGUCCUCUAAUGUAACUCUUGUCAAAUGUUUAGGAAUUCAUUCUUACGAAUAAUAUGGGAAAAAUAAAGUAAAUUAAACAUU